AUGUUUUUCUCCUAUAUUUUCCAUUACAUUUUAAGCGGUUAUUUAGCUGCUCCUGCUUCUAUAGAUACGCCAAAGAAUGGGUUGCUUUUACUUUACCGUCCCCUGGAUGUCAGCAACGAGUGUGCAUUCUCAGGUCAUUUGCGUUAUGAUCUGUCUUUUGGCAUGGGUAUGUCUGACACUAUCACAAUGAUUAUAAGCGAAUUGCCCAAGAAGAUUGCAACGUUGACGCUGAAGAUUACGACCCAAUCUGUACUUAUUGAGGCACAAAACAAGAAAAUUGAUAAUCAACAGCAAACGAUUAAUCACUUAACGAAGGUAAUUGAAGAUUUAUCCACUAAAAUCGACAAGCUGCUAACAUCAACAAGUGUGAGCGAGAUAGAAGAACCAACUAAGAUGGCCGCUACGCAAGGUGUAUUACGCACUUUAAACGGUAUAGAUUAUGAGUGCAGCAUCGAGAUCGCGGCGCAAUCGACAAAUGUUUACCUGAUUGUGGUUAUUAAGUUUCCUACGAAUCUACUUAAGAACUGCUUCGCUAAUGAAGAUGCUUUUAUGGCUGAGAUGUAUCAAGUCACUGCUACAACUGCUCGGAAAAAGCCUCUUCCUGGAGACUGUCAAGGCAAAAAUGAGACAUUAUGUGUCAUUGAUCAUAAGGAGUACUGUUUCACGAAUGGGGUUGUAUGCGACGGAAUCAUAAACUGCGGCGCCAAAGAUUGGUUUGACGAACGUCAAGCGGAAUGUAGUUUACCUGUUGAAUAUCUUGGAUAUGCACCUACAAUCGCAGUGGUGGGAGCGCUAGCAUGUACUUUGUUAGCCGCUGGUCAUAUCCUUGUGCGAUGUCUUCCAGCCCAAGCUAGCUCAUUCUUUAUAUUCAACGCGAAUGAAGAUAACAGACUCCGCAUAGAUCCUCUAUUAUGCCCACCCAAAAAAUGUGACAUGUACGAUAGAAAAAGUCAGGAAAGUCUCUUUGAUACCGGUAUAAUUAAAGUUCUUAUAUUUACUUUACCCUGA